UACAGCCCUCCGGGAAUGACCUAAUUUUUUUAAAUAUUAUACGAGUAUGUAUUUAUAUAUUGAAGUCCAAAGCCCAAAACAACUCCCUACCCCAGUAGCCCUCCUGUUUGCUAUUUCCGUUCCAGAUAUAAAGCGGAAAAGUCGGAAGUCGCCGAGAGAGAGGCCAGAAGGCAGUUGCGGAGAGAGAGACGCCGUCGCCCGCCUGCACUCUCCACUGCUGCUGCCCGCCAGUCACCGAGAGAGAGACGCCGCUGCCCGCCAGACGCCACCUCGCCGGAAAUUCUCCAGCCUCCAGGUCCCUGUGUCCAGGUACGGAGCCUUCUGGGUCGUCUUUUUAAUUCCAAAAAUUGAUUUGGCGUACAACUUGUACAUUCUACAAUGGUCGAGGCUAGCUUGAACGGAAAUGCCUUAAGGAAGCAAGUAGGAAAGUUGUUUGAUGUUGCAAUUAGACAGACAGUUCCUUGGAAGAAAGAUGUCAAGCCUUUGGUUGCUACUUGCAAUCUUACUUUUGGUGAUUAUCAAUGCAAUAAUGCCAUGACCCUUUGGUCCCAAAUCAAUGGAACAAAUACUGAAUUUAGCUGCCCUUUGGAAAUUGCAGUGGCUAUCAGGGAUAAUCUUCCUCAGUCUGAAAUGAUAGAGUCAAGCUCUGUGAGCUCUGUGGAGGUGAAAGUGAAAUUGAAGAAUAAAAAGCAUGAUGUUGCGGCAAAUGGAGCUUUAUCAUCAAAACCUUUGGUGAAUGGUAUUGUGAAUGUUGUUUUGUCCAGGACCUGGAUGGCUAAGGAAAUUCAAAAUAUGCUAAUUGAUGGUAUUGACUCUUGGGCACCCAAGCUUUCUAUUAAAAGGGCUGUGGUUGACUUUUCCUCUCCCAAUAUUGCAAAAGAAAUGCAUGUUGGCCAUUUAAGGUCAACUAUUAUUGGUGACACACUAGCUCGCAUACUUGAAUUCUCAAAUAUCGAUGUUCUUCGUAGAAAUCAUGUUGGCGACUGGGGGACACAGUUUGGCAUGUUGAUCGAAUUCCUCUUUGAGAAGUUUCCAAAUUUUGAAGAUGUUAAUGAGAAAGCCAUCAGAGAUCUACAGGUGUUCUACAAAAACUCUAAAGAGAAGUUCGACACUGAUCCUGUAUUUAAGGAGAAAGCAAAGAGUGCUGUGGUUCGUCUUCAGGGUGGAGAGCCCAAAUACCGUCAAGCAUGGGCUCAUAUAUGUCAGAUCAGCAGGAAUGAAUUCAAUAAGGUCUACCAACUUCUCGGAGUUCAGCUUGAGGAAAAGGGAGAGAGUUUCUAUAAUACAUACAUCCCUAUGGUCAUUAAGACCUUAAGCAAUCAAGGUAUCAUUGAAAAGAAUGAGGGAGCUUCCGUAAUCUAUGCUGGAAAGAAAUGUCUUAUUGUUGUGAAGAGUGAUGGUGGUUACAACUAUGCUUCAACUGAUUUAGCUGCUCUGUGGUAUCGCCUUAAUGAAGAGCAGGCUGACUGGAUUGUAUAUGUUACUGAUGUUGGCCAGCAAGAACACUUUGAUAUGGUAUUCAAUGCUGCUAGAGCUGCAGGUUGGCUCCCGGCCGAUAAUGGUACCUAUCCUAAAGCUAGCCAUGUUGGAUUUGGCCUUGUUCUUGGAGAUGAUGGCAAGCGCUUCAGAACUCGGUCCACUGAAGUGGUUCGACUAAUUGAUUUGCUUGAUGAAGCCAAGACUCGUUGCAAAGCAGAACUCGUUAAGCGUGAUAAUGAGCAUACUGCUGAGUCAAUUGGUUAUGAAGUUGAGACCCUCACCAAAAGGUUGCUGCGUGAUUGUGGUGAUAGCAAAGAGUGGCCUGACGAGUUGCUUGAUAAUACUGCAAAAGAAAUUGGUUUUGAAGCCAAGACUCAUAGCCAAGCAGCACUACUUGACUGUGGUAGGGAUAAAGAAUGGACUGAAGAGGAGUUAGAGCUGACGGCUAAAGCAAUUGGCUACAAGACCAAGACCAGUAGCAAAGAAUUACUUGUCAACCAUGGUAUGGGCAAAGAGUGGACUGAGGAAGAGCUUGUGAGAUUUGCUGAGGCAAUUAAUUGUGAAGUCGAGGCUUGUAGCAAGAUAGUGCUUGCUGAGCAAGUUAAGAACAAAAAGUGGACUGAGGAGGAGCUCGAAAAAACUUCAGAGGCAAUUGGUUAUGGUGCUAUCAAGUAUGCUGAUUUGAAGAACCACAGACUGACCAAUUAUACAUUCAAUUACGAUCAAAUGCUUAAUGAUAAGGGCAACACUGCUGUCUAUUUGCUAUAUGCACAUGCUCGUAUCUUUUCAAUUAUUAAGAAAUCUGGUAAAGACAUUGAGCAACUAAAGAAAACGUGCUCAUUGGUGUUGGAUCAUCCUGAUGAGCGAGCAUUGGGGCUUCAUUUACUACAAUUUUCUGAGGACCACCACCAGAGCCAUCUCUCUCAACAACAGCAACAACGACAACCAGAAGAAGAAGAAGACGAAGACGAAGAAGAAAAAGAAGAAAUGGCUCUCCAGCACAACCAGAAGCAAGACGACGCCGCCUUCGUCCUACGCUCCAUGCUCCCCCCCGAUCAUCAUCAACAACAACCCUCUCCUUCCCCCAAAUCUCCACCUUCCUCCACCUGGCUCGACGCCUCCCACCUCCGCCCCCGCCACCACCACUUCUCCGGCUCCCCCAGCUUCCUCCACCUCCAGACCUCCGACGACCAUUGGCUCUCUCCCGCCGCCCCCGACUCCAUGAAGAAGCUCGUCCGGGAGGUGAAUUGCAACGGAGAGACGAGCUGCUGGGAGAGGGAUAAGUGCAAGGCCGACGUUCUGAACCACCCUCUGUACGAUCAGCUACUGGCGGCUCACGUCUCCUGCCUCAGAAUCGCCACCCCAGUCGACCAGCUCUCCAGAAUCGAUGCCCAGCUCGCUCAAUCCCAAAACGUCGUCGCUAAGUACUCCCUUCUGGGUCAGGGCCACCCUCCCUUGGAUGAGAGAGACCUUGAUUUAUUCAUGACACAUUAUGUUCUGUUGCUCUCUUCCUUUAAAGAACAACUGCAGCAGCAUGUCCGAGUGCAUGCUAUGGAAGCUGUCAUGGCCUGCUGGGAACUUGAGCAGUCUCUACAGAGCUUAACAGAACAACUGCAGCAGCAUGUCCGAGUGCAUGCUAUGGAAGCUGUCAUGGCCUGCUGGGAACUUGAGCAGUCUCUACAGAGCUUAACAGAUCAAAUUUAUGUUUCUGGGCGUCCUCGUAUUGACAAUGAAAGAUUGACAGGGGUAGCACCAGGUGAAAGUACAGGUGCAACAAUGUCUGAUGACGAUGAUGAGCAGGACGACAGUGACACCAACUUAUUUGAUGGAGGUCUAGAUGGAUCAGACACCAUGGGUUUUGGUCCCCUGGUUCCUACUGAAACUGAGAGGUCACUUAUGGAGCGAGUGAGACAAGAACUGAAGCAUGAGCUCAAACAGGGUUACAAAGAAAAGAUAGGGGACAUCAGGGAAGAAAUUUUGCGUAAAAGAAGAGCUGGAAAGCUGCCCGGCGAUACUACUUCUGUCCUAAAAGCCUGGUGGCAGUCACACUCAAAAUGGCCUUAUCCAACGGAGGAAGACAAGGCAAGAUUAGUGGCAGAGACUGGGUUGCAACUGAAACAGAUAAACAAUUGGUUCAUCAACCAAAGGAAAAGAAAUUGGCACAGCAAUUCUUCCUCCUCAACUUCUUCUCAGAAGAGCAAGCGCAAGAGGCAGUUUAUUCGUUUACAUAUGACUGCUUUAAGGUUGGAUGCACAUUACUGCAUGUUUUGCACGGCUUUUGCAGGAAACUUGGCUGCUAUAGCUCGCAAGUCCUUAGCAAUCUCCGUAAAUGUUGGCCUUUCCGAUGGUUCUGCAGACCAGCAUCUUUCCAUCAAUGCCUUCCAAUCUGCGUCACAAGAUUCUGGGGACCCUGGUACUACCCUAGGAUUGAAGAUCUUAUUGCCCUCUAUCCUAGCUCUCCAGUUUCCAUCCGGUUUCAACUUUUGUGAUGGCAUUCCUUUACGACCUUUCCUUGAUUAUGCAUAUCACUUCAUAUGCUCACAACAGGCAUUGGGCAAUAUUGUUGUCAAUAAUGCCAUGACCCUUUGGUCCCAAAUCAAUGGAACAAAUACUGAAUUUAGCUGCCCUUUGGAAAUUGCAGUGUUUGGCAUGUUGAUCGAAUUCCUCUUUGAGAAGUUUCCAAAUUUUGAAGAUGUUAAUGAGAAAGCCAUCAGAGAUCUACAGGUGUUCUACAAAAACUCUAAAGAGAAGUUCGACACUGAUCCUGAAUUUAAGGAGAAAGCAAAGAGUGCUGUGGUUCGUCUUCAGGCUAUAUACCACAAGAUGGUCGAGGCAUUUUCCAACGCUAUCACGAAACCUAAUAUAAGUUUGUACAACCACAUUGUCACUUUGAAGGUGGACAAGUGGAGCCAUAGAUCAAAAGGGAUGAAGACCAAACAUGUUCUGCAAAUCUGUCUAUUGCUUGCUGUUUGCUUCUGGCUGAUUUAUCAAGCCAAACGCUCCUAUGAUAAAGGAAAAGAAUUCAAUGAAAAUGAUCCAGGGUUUUUGAUGAAGGCAGCAAACAUCUAUGAGCCUACCAAGUGGGGAAGGAAAACUCUCCUUCCACAUUCAAAGGAAAUAAGUAUAACUAAUGCCAAACAAGAUAAUAACAGCCAAGAAGAAGAUGAAGACACUAAGAGUGAAGAAGGGGAGCAAGAUCAAGACAACAAGUUUGAAGAUGAAAAUGAUGAAGAUAGGGGAGGUGGAGAUGAUUCUGUUGAUGAACACGGUCAAGAGAAAUCUGAGGAACAAGAAGAUGAACUAGUUGAUGAUGAGAAGGAGGGAGGAGAGGCUGAUGGAACUGAGAUUAAAGGUUCUGGAGAGAACAAUGAUCACGAGCUUGAUGAAGAAAACAACAUGAGUACACAUGAAGCACUUUAUAAAGGAGAUGAUGCUUCAAGUGCCGUCACCCAUGAUACACAGACUAUACUUGCUGAAAAUGGAAACAUCGCCUUAGAGGAUUCAGAUCACGAGGUAAUAAGAUCUAAUCAGAACAUCACACAGUUAGCCUCGGAUAAUCAUGAGAGAAAUCAUUCCUUAAUUACAACAGGCCGUGAUGAAAGUAUCCUGGAGCAUGUCUCAUCCUAUCCUAAAAAUACCUCAUUCUUGAACCAAACGAGUCUAGUGGACAGCCAUCUUGAAGCCAGAGUAUCCUUUCCGAAUUUGACAGAAUCAAAUAUAAAUUUUACCAUUGAGGGUAAUAUCACUGCUGAUGGGGAAGACUCCUUUCCAGUCACUUUUAUGCAGCAGGUGAACGCCACUGUGCAGAUUGUUGAGAAAACUCUAUCUGAUUCAAAUACAACUUCCAUAGAAACUAAGAAUUUUUACUCAAUUUCAGUAAAUUCCUCGAGUGUCACAACUAUCACACCUGCCUCCGAUAAUGCCACAUAUGUUGAAGUCAAGGUUUCUAGAAUUGAAACUCUAGAUGAAAUUGGACAAGAUUUGAUUGAUCAAUCUGAUACAUCCAUUUCCUUGGAAGAGAAAGAUAUUAGAAUGGAUCUAGAAACUCUUCCUGAAAUACAGACUGAAGGAAAACAACUGCAGCAGCAUGUCCGAGUGCAUGCUAUGGAAGCUGUCAUGGCCUGCUGGGAACUUGAGCAGUCUCUACAGAGCUUAACAGGUAGCAUAUCAUUCUAUAAUCAUGCUCAUGUUACACGGAUGGGAGCUUGUUUGGCAAGGUUUGGCAUGUUGAUCGAAUUCCUCUUUGAGAAGUUUCCAAAUUUUGAAGAUGUUAAUGAGAAAGCCAUCAGAGAUCUACAGGUGUUCUACAAAAACUCUAAAGAGAAGUUCGACACUGAUCCUGUAUUUAAGGAGAAAGCAAAGAGUGCUGUGGUUCGUCUUCAGGGUGGAGAGCCCAAAUACCGUCAAGCAUGGGCUCAUAUAUGUCAGAUCAGCAGGAAUGAAUUCAAUAAGGUCUACCAACUUCUCGGAGUUCAGCUUGAGGAAAAGGGAGAGAGUUUCUAUAAUACAUACAUCCCUAUGGUCAUUAAGACCUUAAGCAAUCAAGGUAUCAUUGAAAAGAAUGAGGGAGCUUCUGUAAUCUAUGCUGGAAAGAAAUGUCUUAUUGUUGUGAAGAGUGAUGGUGGUUACAACUAUGAUUCAACUGAUUUAGCUGCUCUGUGGUAUCGCCUUAAUGAAGAGCAGGCUGACUGGAUUGUAUAUGUUACUGAUGUUGGCCAGCAAGAACACUUUGAUAUGGCUGCUAGAGCUGCAGGUUGGCUCCCGGCCGAUAAUGGUACCUAUCCUAAAGCUAGCCAUGUUGGAUUUGGCCUUGUUCUUGGAGAUGAUGGCAAGCGCUUCAGAACUCGGUCCACUGAAGUGGUUCGACUAAUUGAUUUGCUUGAUGAAGCCAAGACUCGUUGCAAAGCAGAACUCGUUAAGCGUGAUAAUGAGCAUACUGCUGAGUCAAUUGGUUAUGAAGUUGAGACCCUCACCAAAAGGUUGCUGCGUGAUUGUGGUGAUAGCAAAGAGUGGCCUGACGAGUUGCUUGAGAAUACUGCAAAAGAAAUUGGUUUUGAAGCCAAGACUCAUAGCCAAGCAGCACUACUUGACUGUGGUAGGGAUAAAGAAUGGACUGAAGAGGAGUUAGAGCUGACGGCUAAAGCAAUUGGCUACAAGACCAAGACCAGUAGCAAAGAAUUACUUGCCAACCAUGGUAUGGGCAAAGAGUGGACUGAGGAAGAGUUUGAGAGAUUUGCUGAGGCAAUUAAAUGUGAAGUCGAGGCUUGUAGCAAGAUAGUGCUUGCUGAGCAAGUUAAGAACAAAAAGUGGACUGAAGAGGAGCUCGAAAAAACUUCAGAGGCAAUUGGUUAUGGUGCUAUCAAGUAUGCUGAUUUGAAGAACCACAGACUGACCAAUUAUACAUUCAAUUACGAUCAAAUGCUUAAUGAUAAGGGCAACACUGCUGUCUAUUUGCUAUAUGCGCAUGCUCGUAUCUUCUCAAUUAUUAAGAAAUCUGGUAAAGACAUUGAGCAAGUAAAGAAAACGUGCUCAUUGGUGUUGGAUCAUCCUGAUGAGCGAGCAUUGGGGCUUCAUUUACUACAAUUUUCUGAGGCAAUUGAGGAGGCCUGCACCAAUCUCCUGCCACAUUUAUUGUGUGAAUAUCUGUAUAAUCUAUCAGAAUACUUCAAUAAAUUUUAUUCUAAAUGUCAGGUGAUUGGUUCGAAAGAAGAAUCGAGCAGACUCUUGCUAUGUGAAGCAACCGCAAUGGUUAUGAGAACUUGUUUUUACCUUCUUGAGAUUGUACCUAUAUUUAAGAUAUGAUGGUAACACUAAUAGUGAAGAAACCUGUAAUUAUUAUUAGGCUCUUUUUAAUACGGAUAGUGAAGAACCUGAUAUUUCUGGCUCACUAAUGAUUGUUCCACAUUUGUUUGGAUACCUCUUAAUGUCAUAAUAUUAUACUUGUAUUUUUUUUUAGUAAUAACUGCAGGUUGGGUUG